AUGGUCUGUAAUCUCUCUCAAGGGAAUGGAACUCACCAAUGCUAUGGGGCUUUGGGAGAAUCGUUGUCCUUACACCUUGGUUCAGACAGCAGUAAUGAACAAAUAAGCUUGAAGAAAGGUGAUAAACGUGUUUUAAACUUCAAAAUUGGAGACGACUGGAGAUCUAAAUUGCCUCAGGAUUAUGUGAAUCGCUCUGAGUUCUUUAAUAAUGGAAUAUACAGACUGGACACAGUUAUAGACGACGACUCUGGAGAUUACCUGUUGGAAAUACAUAAUUCAGAGGGAACAAUGUUGGGCAGAGUCAACAUGCUACUUGACAUGCAAGGUACAGAACCUUUCUGUUUUUUUAGUUAGGCCUAAAUACUUCACACAUCCUUUUCCUGAUGAGGGGGAUUUCUGAAAGGUCGCCAGGAUGUCAGUACUUCAAUAGGUUUAUAAUGUAGGACUUGGCAGCAGUAGUACAACACAGAGAGAACAUUGUUAUGACAUAUAGAGUAUAUAAUGCUUAAUGAAUAUAUUGUGUUUGCAUGAAUCAGAGGUAGGGUAUUUGAGGUAUCUCUUGUGUUUGUGUCUGUCAGCCCCGGUGUCAGAGCCAGUGUUGUCUCACCUCUGUCUGCCUCAUGGAGAGACCGUGGUCACAUGCUCUUCAGAGGAAGAUGGUCUUCAGUACAGCUGGACCCUGAAC